AUGGCCCCGGUCCACCAUCAGAGGAGAAAGGCGAGCUUUGGUGACAAAGUUAGCGGUGCUCUGAUGAAGUUGCGGGGCUCUUUGACAAGAAGACCCGGCCUGAAGGCUGCUGGCACUCGUCGUAUGCACGGAACGGAUGGACGCCGUCAUCGCCAUGCCUAUUAG